AUGACCAGGGCUUCACAAAAGGCUAAUAACGGGAGAGGGGUCUCCGAACAUUACGCACUGCACCCAGAUAUCUGUGACUCGAGCGUUCCCUGCCGGACAACAACAUGGGCAAGCGCAAAACCAAGAACAGCGUCAAGCAAGAAGACCAACUGCCUCUUAUUCUGGAUUCACCGGUGGUCAAGAGCAAACCGCGCAACCAUUAUGUUCUUAUGUGCUUUUUAUUAUUUGUUGUGGUCGUUGGUGGACCACUUCUCAGCUGGCUUUGUAUUCAACAACAGCAAUCCAUUAACGAGUUGUCAGAAACCUUUACGUCCAUGCAGAUGAAACUUGUGAAGUUCCAACAGCACGAAGGGACACAGAACCCACAAUUGGAUGGCAUUGGCCAUUUUGAAGAGAGGCUGCUAGCUCUGGAGCAGGCGCAAUCCAAGGCCCAAAAGCAGGCAGAAAUGGCGCUGACAGCUGCCGAGCAGCUGAAGGUUUCGGACCUCCACACUCAGGUGUGGGCCUUACAGGCAGAGAUGACCACAGAGCUGAACUCCAAGAUAGCCGAGCUGCAACAGGUCGGCGUGUCCGUAGCCUCCCUGAAUGCGCUGAUCACGAACCAGAGCAAGGAGCUGGAGGCCGUGAAGCAGAGUGUCAGUGACAUCCUGAACUCCAACUCUCAGCUUGCCCUCAGUAUCUCCGGCCUCGCCAGCAGUGUGACUAGUGCAGCGUCCCAGCUCGACCAGCAAGGCAUUGUGAUGGACGACCUGAGCGUCCAGCUGCAGGAGCAGGCAGAUGAGAUCCACAGCCUGAGGGAAUCUCUCUCAAGUCAACAGGAAUCGCUCGAGUCCAACAGUCAGGAGGUGCUGGAAAUGAAGAGCCUGUUGGUGAUGGCACGGAUGAAGAGGCAGAAGUCCCUAAAUAAGCAACUGAAAGCUGUGCAGCAGAGCUUAUCAGAGCAACUCAACCAAGCCCACAGCCUCCAUGCCGACCUGGAGGCCCCGUUGCUUGUUGUGCAUAGCCAGUUACUCCCUGGUAGUGAGGCAGCCUCUGAGGAACCAGCAGCUGAAGAGGAAACAGACACAGCUCCAGAGGAGACACAGGAACCAAAAGGGGAAACAUCUGAUGAAGAAACCGCUGCAGAAGAGGAGACGGCAGCAGGAGAGUCCACUGAUGAGACUGCUGUACUUGAUGAGGAAGCACCAGAUGAGGCUUCUGAUGAAACCUCGGAGACAGAAGAAUCCCUGGAUUUUGAAGAGGAAGCAACUGGAGAGGCUCUGCAAGAGACAGAAGAUGCUUCUGAAGAACCACAGGAGGAGGAGGAGGAGGAGGAAGAAGAGGAUAUGAUGGAGGAACCUGCAGAUGAAAUAGCAGAGGAAGACACUGCAGAAGAAGCUGACAAAGAAUAUGCUGAGGAAGAAAUCGAAGAAUUAGAAGAAGAGGAAGAAGAGGAAACAGAAGAAGCAGAAGAAGAACAGGAAGAAAAAGAAGAAGAGGAGGAGGAAGAGGAAGAGGAUGGAACUACAGAGGAGCUAUCAGAAGAGGACACAGACAGUCAGUUAUAUUUAGAUGAACCGUCAGAAGUUGACGAAGAAUCUAUUGAGGAGAAAUCUGUUGAUGAGGAGGCUGACGCUGAAGAGGAAUUAGUUGAAGAUGAUCUUGAAGAGGAACUUGAAGAUGAGCCAUCAGAAAAUGUGGAAGAAUUCGGAGAAGAUUUCAUGGAGGAAACCACUGAAGAAGAAAUGGAGAAGGACGCAGAAUAUGAUGAUGAUGAUUUUGCAGAGUUUGAAUAGCAUACAAAAUAAAGUGCUUUUUCAAAAGAGCAAGACAACGAAGCGUUAAACAAACAUGGCUGAAUCAGCCAUUUCUUUUGAUACUUUUGAUGUUUGUUUUCAAGAGAAACUUUUCUUAUAGUCAAGAUGAUGGCACUGCCUUGAUUGCCAUGUUCAUUUGGGUAAAUGUGACUGAAAUAAUAUGAAACGAAAUUGUUGCCUCAAAAAAGACUGAAAAAAUAAUAAAACAAAACAACCUAUUUAUAUGAGUAGCCUGAACAUUGAAAUAAAAUAAUGUAGACACUGGAAAUGUUGGCCGAAAAACCUUAGAUACUAAGACUGGAAUAAUUUAAUAUAAUUUAAUCUCAUCGACUUUCAGAAAUAAAACUUAUUUGUGUGUUUUGUA